CCUGGGUUGACCUGGGUGGGAGACCCCCAGGCAUGAUUGCAGAUGCAGAGCAGAACGGCCGGAUCAAGCCAGGGAAAACUGUCCUUAUUGAGCCCACAAGUGGUAAUACCGGAAUCGCCUUGGCAUUUGCAGCAGCUGCCAAACACUACAGGCUGAUACUCACAAUGCCAGCAUCCAUGAGUAUGGAGCGACGGUGCCUGCUCCGAGCCUUUGGUGCCGAGAUCGUUCUGACAGACCCGAUGCGUGGGAUCCCAGGGUCCGUGGCAAAAGCGGAGGAGCUGGUGGGCAGCAUACCUGACGCCUACAUGCUGCAGCAAUUUGAAAACCCUGCAAAUUGGGUGGCCCAUUUCCUGACAACAGGCCCCGAGAUAUGGAAAGACACUGCGGGAACUGUGGAUGCCGUAGUCGCUGGUGUCGGGACUGGUGGGACCAUCACCGGAGCGGCCAAGUUCCUGAAGAACGAGAAUCCGGACAUAAAGAUAUAUGCUGUGGAGCCACAGGAGAGUCCUGUGCUAUCAGGAGGAAAUCCAGGUCCACACAGAAUCCAGGGAAUUGGAGCUGGGUUUGUCCCGAAGAUACUGGACAUGUCACUUGUGGACGAAGUGAUCACUGUGCACAGCAAUGAAGCAAUAAGCAUGGGCAAGACUUUGGCAGUAAAAGAAGGACUCCUUGUAGGGAUCUCAUCGGGUGCAGCCGUCGCCGCUGCCAUGAAAGUAGCAAACCGGCCAGAGAUGGCUGGGAAGCUCAUUGUUGCAAUCGUACCAAGCUUAGGAGAGAGGUACAUCUCCACCCCUCUGUUUCAGGAUGUACGGGCACGGAUGGAGAAGCUGCAGAUCAGGCAAUGAUUGUGAAGAGUUCCUGUGGACAUGUCUUUUUUUUUAAAGAAAAAUUGCAUCUGUACCCCACUUAAAGAUGGGAAUAUACCCAGCCCCAGCGCCAACUUGCAUUUAUACCUGGAAAACGGCCGGUGGAAAUUAUUUGCAUGCCCAGGACCAGUCGCCCCAGGUUGGUACUGCAAGGUUGCGCUUAUAACCAACGACUGGAAUGCACAAAUUAUGGACUUACCCAGGCAAAAGUAUGGGCACAACAGAAAAAUUCCCUUGAAACGGGCCAAUUAAAUGAAAUUCUAAGUUAAAA